GCGGAGUCUGGGGUCGCCAUCAUCAUCACGCGUGGUUUUCCCCCGAUGUUCAACCAGUGACGAUAUCCGCAGGCAUUAGGUGUUUGUUUUACGAAUAAGUACUUGAAGUAGAUUUGCUUUUGUUUCGAUUGUCAUUUUAUUUCGUUUUUUUUUUGCCAGUGUAUUUGCUUCCAUUCAUCGUCUCCGUUCGCGGGGAACUCAGAGAGGAGCCAUGUACAACGGCAUUGGCCUGACCACGCCACGAGGCAGCGGCACCAACGGCUAUGUGCAGCGCAACCUGUCGAGCGUGCGGGCAAAGCGUCCACGGGACGAGCGCGGCGGCGAGCGAGACGAGAAGGACCGUGAGAGGCUGGAGAGCCAGCUGAACCGUCAGCCCAAUGCCGAGAUCCUGGAACACCAGAGAAAGAGGCAACUGGAGGUCAAGUGUGCAGAGCUGCAGGAUAUGAUGGAAGAGCAGGGGUAUUCCGCUGAGGAGAUUGAAGAGAAGGUGAACAGCUUCCGCAUGAUGCUGCAGGAGAAGCAGGAGCCGCCUUCGGCCCCCACCGAGAGACCAUUGGCGACAGAGACUCACGCCCUGGCUGCAGCCAAUCAGCAGAAGAACGACCGGCUGAAGGCGGCGUUCGGCAUCGCCACGGACUACGUAGAUGGCUCCUCCUUCCAUCCGGAGCGCAAGGAGCGAGAGAAGGAGAAGAGGGAGCAGGAGAGGCUGGAGAGGGAGAAGCAACAGCAUCAGAAAUAUGCGCUGGUAGAAGAGUCAGAGGACUCUGACUCCCCGGCCCAAAAACAGAGCCGCAAGAAGAAAAGGAAGAAAAACAAGAACAGAGACAGCUCAGAGAGCCCUUCCCCCUCUCCUAGACGGGUGAAAAAAACUAAAAAGAAGAAGAAGAAAAGGUUUACCGGUUGUUUUUUUCCCCUUCAUUUUGCAGUCAGUGAAUGGACUUCAUGUCCGGCACAGACAAACGCUGGAUUCACGUUCGGGGUGAUGUGUGUGAGCCUUUACCCUUUUUUUCAGCUUAAUGAACAAAGACUCUGUGUUCUCUGUUCUAGGGACGGGUCGGAAGAAAAGGAUGACAAAGAUAGCUCCUCAGACGAGAAGCAGGCGUCUAAGAAAAAACGCAAGAGAAGUGAAAAUGAGACUCCACCCCAGAGUAAGACACGGCGCCAUAGGAGUGGGUCCUCCAGCUCUGCUCACAGCCAAUCCCCUGCCCCGCUGAGAGAGAGGCAGAAGAACCAGCCUGUCAAGAGAGCAGAGGAGGGGAGAAAGGGGCUAUCUCCUGACAGGAGGGGGCGUGGUCGCGAGGACGGGAGUCCACAGCGUUCGGGAGGCAGAGCGAGAUCUCCCAGGUAUCCCAGCUCCCCUGAACGCCGACCGAGGGCAGACAAGGAACGGGAGAAGGAGCGACUGAAGGACAAAGAGAAAGGAAGAGAGAAGGAGCGUGAGAAAGUGAAGCCUACCAGAACGAGACACGACUCCUCUUCCCCCUCUCCUCCUCGACUGGAACGAGAGAAAGGCAGGCGCUCCAGAAGUGGAGAGAGGGAGCGAGAGAAGGAUAGAGGAAAGGAGAGAACAAUGCUGCAGAGGAGCAGACACGACUCUUCUUCAUCCCCCUCUCCACCCCCGAAACAACUGGACACCAGGAAACAGAGGAGCGGAAAGGACAAACCACAAAUGCGAGACUCCUCGUCUCCCUCUCCAGAAAGAGAGGGAGCAAGGAGAGGAAGGAGCGGAGAGGGGGAGCGAGGAAAGGAAAGAAAUGCCCGAGCCCCAGCUGACAGAGAGAGGGGGAGGGGGAGUGAGAAAGAAGGAUCUCCCCCUAGUCGGAAAAGUGAUGGCGGGAGAGGUAGAAACUCAUCCCGCGACUCCACAUCCCCUGUCCCUCAGUCACCUCUCACCAAUGGACGACAGAAAGAAAGGGAGCACGAGGGAAGGAGGGGGAAAGAGAGGAAACCGGAGGAGAGGGGGAAAGAGGGAAACCGGAGGAGAGGGAAAGAGGGGAAACCGGAGGAGAGGGGGAAAGAGAGGAAACCGGAGGAGAGGGGGAAAGAGAGGAAACCGGAGGAGAGGGGGAAAGAGAGGGAGAGGGAAUUGAGCAAAGAGAGGGAGAAACCAGAGGAGCAGAGGAAGCGGGAGAUCGAAAGGGAAAAAGAGAGGGAGCGAAACCGAGAUGGAGGGAGAGAGCGCGAGAGGUCCGGCAGACUGUCUUCUACCCAACAGCCAUCUACCUGUUUGACUGAAGACCUCCGCGCAGAGGGUGAGGGGGAGAGGAGGGACAGAGAGAGGGGGGCGGGAGAGAAGGAGAGAAAAAGACAAGCAGAGGAGGACAACAGGCGGGAGAACAGAGACCGGAGCCUGCAGGAAAAGGAGCGAGAGGAGUUGAAGGCAAAGGAAAGGGAGAAGGAGAAGGAAAGGGAGAAGGAGAAGGAAAGGGAGAAGGAGAAGGAAAGGGAGAAGGCGAAGGAAAGGGAGAAGGAGAAGGCAAAGGAAAGAGAGGAGAAAGCGAAUGAGAGCAGCAGUAGCAGCGGGAGUGACAGUGACAGCUCUUCCUCAUCCUCAGACUCAUCCUCAUCAUCAUCCUCCUCUUCUUCCUCGUCCUCCGAGGGAGAGAAGAAAAAGGGAACCGUGGUGAAGAGCAGCCCAGUGAAAAAAGCCCUCCCCGCUCUCAUCUCCCCUCCCACUGUAGGUGCUGCCUUCCAGAGGUAUCUGGCCAAUGGGGGCAGAGAGAGCGCUUCAGAGAGUGACGGACAGAGAGCUACCGGGAGAGAGAAGGAACGUGAGAGAACAGGAGGGGACAGGUUCCUGCUCUCUGAAAGGGAAAACCCGCCUCCUGCUCCCCAAAAAGCUCCGGUCUCCCAACUCCCCUCUGCUGCAGAGCGCUACCCCCCCACAGACAGAGAGAAGGAGCGAGGGAAGGGACAGGAGAGGUACAGCCCCACCGAGGUAGAGAGCUCCAGCCCUCCACCCUCUCCUCCCAGAAGAGGAGCCUCCAAAGGCGGAGGCGAGAGGUACUCCCCCACUGAAGUGGAAAGAGAGAAGGAGAGAGAGGGAGGGGUGAAGAGCCAGGCCAGGAGGGCAGAGCAGUACAGCCCCUCUGAGCAGGAGAGAGAGUGGGAGAGGAGGAGGGCGCCCUCCCCAAAAGCCCCCGCAGCAGCAGUUGUCCCGCGGCCCUCCCCCCUCGCCGCACCCCCACGGCAGUACCAGGACCCCCCCACUUGCUCCCCCAGCUCCCGACGACAAGCCGCCACCCGGAGAGCCUCCCCUCCGUCCCGCUCCCCGACUCGCCACUACGCCCCACGGCGGAGCCGCAGCCGGGAGCUAGAGCACAACCGAGAGAGGCAGAGAGCGAGGGAUAGAGGGAGGGACCGUUCCAGAGACAGAGGAGCCAGAAGGAGCAGGUCGAGGAGUCCCAGAAGACGCAGUCCCCUCUACAGGUCCCGGCGAUCCCCCUCUCCCGUUCGACAAAGGAGAAGCAGUCACUCGCUAUCCAGAGAAAGGCAGAGACACCAGGAGAGAGAGAAGAAUAGAGAGCUGGAGAGAGCGAGGGAAAAAGAGCGGCAACGUGAAAAAGAGCAAGAGAGGCGAGAGCGUCAACCUCUUAAAGAGGUCCCCCCACCCCGUCGCUCACCCUCUUCAUCUUCUCGUUCUUCUUCUUCUUCCUCAUCCCCAUCCCCCUCUCCGGCCCGAGAGAGAAAGGAGCCGCCUGUAGAAAAGGUGAUGAAACCAGCAGUAGAGAAAGACCGAAGAGGUGAUAGAGAGGAGCGAGAGAAAGGGGAAGACAGAGGAAGGAAGGCUUGUUCCAUCUCCUCACCGCUCCCCUCCAAGGAGACCAGUCCCCUUCCCAGCCAAUCAGAAAUCAGAGCCCACCCCAAAGAAACACGGCACUCUGACCCGCCCCGCUCCAGGUCGCCACAGGCCCUCAGCCAUUCAGAGACCAGAGUCUCUGUACGAGAUACCUCGAGGACCCAAUCACCUGCGGUGCUCCCCUCAAAAGGCUCUGCCCACCCCACAGACCGACCAGUCAGGACUGAAAACGGUGUGAGCGAGAAGGGGGUCGAAGAGAAAAAGAAAGGAAAGAUGGGCAGCCCCAGCUCAUCAUCAUUCUCCUCCUCCUCGUCAUCUUCCUCUUCGUCUUCAUCAGACAGUUCUGACUCUGAUGCAGCGCAAGGAAAAGCAGGUGCCAGGAUAGCGGCUGCCCAUAGCUCUUCCUCCUCCUCCUCCUCAUCAUCCUCUUCUGAAAGCGAGAAGGAAGACAAGAAAAAGAGCCCGGCGCGACCUCACAGAGUGCCAGCUGAUUCGCUGAGAGACUCGCGCUCACUCAGCUACUCUCCACCCAGACAGAGGCGACCUGCACAUUCCCCACCCACCCGCAGGAGUGGCAGCAGGCAGUCCCCAAGCCGAUCUCCAAGCAGUCGGAGAGGAAAAUGACCCUUCACUCUGAAAUGUAACUAACUUUCCCUCCCCCUCAAUCCUCAGAUUUUUCCUAAACACUUCUGGGCUGGUUUGAACUGGACUGUACCAUUGGAUAUUAUAGGGAGGGGGAAGUUAAGGACAUUCGAUCUGUGAAUGACCGAGUGAAUUAAGCAUUGUUGUUGAUUCUGUGGCAUGAGGAUAGCACCACAGGAAGAGAGAGGCAGAAUUUGAAACCCAACAGGGGCCAAGAGGUCUGCUUUUAGUCAAGGGUUUCUGUACAUUUUGUUUUAUGCUGUACUGUAAGGAAGAGAUGUAACUGUAAAUGGUAGGUGAGAGUCCGUGAUAGGAAAGUAACCUCUGUGCAGACCCAUACAGACUGGAGUGAAGCAUUCCAGUAUCAAAACACACACACACACACACAAAGUCCUAUUAAAUUAUCUCACAACAACAAAGUAACUUUCACUGCGCUUUUUCUGCCCCUCUGUAUUUGCCCAUUCUACAUGUAGAUAUGACUCAUCUGUAUUUUGGUUAUCUCCGAAUGGAUUACGUGCUGUUUCCAUAUAUGUUGACUAGAAACUGCAACUCUUGGUUUGUUUCUCUUUGUGAAAAUAAAAAGUUGUAUCUUC